UCAAAUAAAUUCAGUAUUGCAUAAAAAGCCUUCUCUAGUAGUAGUAGACAUUGAAUGACUCAUUUGAGUGGUUUUUCUGGCUUCUGUGCAGAUAAUUUAUAAGUAGCUAAAGCUCUCCCUAUCAUGAGAGGCCUUCGAAUCGGGCUCUUCCCAAAUUUCAGUGCAGUUGAUACUGGUGUGAGAAGAACCUUCACCUGCCGUUGUGUACGUAAGACCAAUAAGAAGUCUGCCUCCUUUCUCUCCAUCCAUCACUCCCUUCCCAACUUCUCUUCAUAUUCUUGUUCUGCAGCUUUGUCGGUAAUGGCGGAGGAAGAGAAGAAAUCAUUUGAUGAAAAUGAAGCAGCUUCGCUGGUUAAGGAGCUUAGAGGGAACAUUAAAUCUAACAAGACAAAGAGUUACGAUUGGAGAGUGUCCCAGUUGGAGAGUAUCAGAAAGAUGAUUGUGGAAAACGAAAAAGAGAUUGCUAAAGCUCUUUAUGAUGACCUCUCAAAGCCUGAAUUCGAAGCCUUUAUUUCGGAGAUUUCUAAUGCAAAGUCAUCUUGUGAAUUGGCGCUUAAAGAAUUGAAACAUUGGAUGAAGCCAGAAAAGGCAAAAACUUCAAUCUCAACCUUCCCUUCAUCAGCGGAAAUUGUGUCAGAACCUCUGGGUGUUGUGUUGGUCAUCUCAACUUGGAAUUUUCCUUUCCUGCUGUCGGUGGAUCCAGUCAUUGGAGCAAUUGCAGCUGGGAAUGCUGUGGUCCUUAAACCAUCAGAAAUAUCUCCAGCCACGUCUUCACUACUUGUAAAUUUAUUUGAUAAAUAUCUUGACAAAUCUGCAGUAAGAGUCGUUGAAGGGGCUGUUCCUGAAACAUCUGCAUUACUGGAGCAGAAAUGGGACAAAAUAUUAUACACAGGUAGUUCAAGAGUGGGUCGAAUUGUGAUGACAGCUGCAGCGAAACACCUUACACCCGUUAUCCUAGAACUUGGAGGAAAGUGCCCAGCCAUUGUUGAUUCAAAUGUCAAUUUACAGGUUGCUACAAGGAGGAUUAUAGCUGGCAAGUGGCAAUGCAACAAUGGCCAAGCUUGUAUUGGUGUCGACUAUGUUAUAACUACUAAAGAUUUUGCUCCAAAAUUGAUUGAUGCGCUUAGAAAAGAGUUAGAGGAUUGCUUUGGGAGGAACCCAAUGGAAUCAAAAGAUAUAUCGCGGAUUGUGAGCUUAAACCACUUCACCCGUCUAGAAAGGCUCUUGGAUGAAGAUAAUGUCUCCAACAAAAUUGUACUAGGAGGCCAAAGGGAUCAAAACAAAUUAAGGAUGGCACCAACCAUAUUAUUGGACGUUCCUAAAGAUUCUCAGAUAAUGCAGGAUGAGAUAUUUGGGCCAUUACUUCCUAUUAUCACUGUUGAAAAUGUGAAGGACAGUUUUGAUGCGAUAAACUCAAAACCAAAACCUCUUGCAGCAUAUCUCUUCACCAAUGAUGAGAAGCUAAAGGAAAGCUUUGUGCAAAACGUAUCGGCUGGAGGAAUGCUCAUUAAUGAUACAAUACUCCAUGUCACAGUAGAUACUUUACCUUUUGGAGGAGUUGAGGAGAGUGGAAUGGGAUCGUACCAUGGGAAAUUUUCUUUUGAUGCUUUUAGCCACAAGAAGGCCGUUCUCUACAGAAGUUUUAAUGGAGAUGCAUCUAUAAGGUAUCCGCCAUACACAGAAAGCAAGAAGAAGUUAAUGAAGGCUCUGAUAAGUGAUGGCAUAUUUGGGAUGCUUCUUGCUUUGAUAGGAUGGUCUAAAGAUUGAAAUCAUAUAAAGCUGAAUGAUGAUAACUGCAAUAUUUAACUGAAAUAUUUAUGUAUUUUAUGUUAUUAUUCUCUAAAAUACUGAAAUUGAAUUCAAUAAUAUUUAACUAAACUUUCAUA